AUGACUGGCCCUGCCUCUCCCCAGGCCGAAGGUCCCACGUUUGCUCCUCCUCCGUUGCCCGCGGGUUGGAUUGCUCAGUGGGAUGGUACGAGCAAGAAAUACUACUAUGUCCAGCUGUCGACUGGUGUUUCGCAGUGGGAUGUCCCUACCGAGCCCGCUAAGACGGGCAACACUCCUGCCCCUCCUGGUGAACACCCUUACGGGACUCCCAAGCCGCCUGAGCUGAUCACGCACCCUGAUGGAUCACAAACUGUGCGCCAUGCGGACGGUACCAUGGAACCAAUCAUGCCCGAUGGGUCUCGCGGUAUAGAUGGGCCCUCUGGAGAUCGAGGACUCGGAAGCAUGGCUAUGAACGCUUUGCUCGGCGGAAAGAACUCCGGUCAUGGUGGUAGCGGUGGCGGAGGCAGCAGCUCCAGUCCAUUGGGUAGCCUUGGCGGCCUUGCGAACCAAUUCCUUGGUGGUAGUCAUGGUGGUAGUGGCAGUGGCGGCGGUAGUAGCGGAGGUAACAAGCCUUCGGGUGCGGGCAAACUUGUUGGGCAACUGGCUCAGAGCUUCAUGCACUCGGCUUCCCAGGAGAAGCCCCCCGCGCCUCAAAACUACCAUAACAGUUCCGGCCAGAACUCGCAGCAGCAGCAGCAGCAGCAUGGGGGAGGAGGUAUUGCUGGUCAAAUCAUGGGCGGUGUAGCGACCAUGUUUGGAGGGAAGCACGGCAGUAGUGGACAAAACUCGAACUUUGGCUACAACUCUGGACAACAACAGCAGCAACAGGGUGGAGGAACAUACUCUGGCCAAGCUCCCACUUACAACCCAUCAGGCUCAGCUCCAUCAGCACCUCCUGCUACUGGGGCGCAUUCUUACAGUACGCCUUCCCCGAGCCAGCAUCAGCAGCAUGGCUCUCAACACCAAUCUGGGCAGAGCCAGUCGUACGGAUCACACCAACAGCAAGGCUCCCACCAGUCUUACAAUGCGCACCAGCAACCUAGUGGUGGUCAACAGUAUGGUAGCCAGCAGCAUUCUAGCCCAACCCAGCAAUACGGCUCGCAUCAACAACAGCACGGGCCCAGUUCCCCCUAUGGAAGCCAUCAACAGCAGUCGGGUUCGCACCAGCAAUAUGGUGGAAGCUCUUUCGGAGGGAGCCCACACCUAUCGCACAACAACUCGUUCCCGCCUCCGCCUCCAGGAGGUCCGCCCCAACAAGGACAACAACAAGGACAGCAGUAUUUCCCCCCUCCCCCUGGACAUCAAUCGCAGCAUCAGCCAUCCGGGCAGGGUUAUCCUGAUACUAAAACCCACGGAGGCCAAUUCGGCGGUGCACCAGACCAGCAUUUACAAGGCUACAGUGCGCCCCCAACUGGUGGUUCCCAGCAGUAUCCUCCUCCCCCACCUGGAGGACCUCCCGGGGGAUACAACCCUUCCUACAAUGGGGGGCAUGGAAACCAGCAGCCCUCUUAUGGUAAUCAGUCGCACCACGGCAGCGGUGCUCCUCCUGUUCCUCACGGAAGCCAUCCCCAACAACAAUAUGGGGGACCUUACUGA